GGGCGUUGUCAGAAUAAAAGCCGGAAGUCGCCGUCUCCUGCGUUGCGUGUGAACUCUGCCGCGACGUUAGAACGUCGACCACGCAUUUUACAUUAUAAAGCUAAAGCUAACAUCCUGAUUGUUUUUACUAGCUUGACGCUAAUAAUUUCCUUCCUGUGCCUUUGCUGCGGCCUUUUUCAUUGGUCGCGCCCCCGGCGAAACACGAUUGGUUGCGUGAUGGACGUAAACAAAUGACAAGACACUGUAUUUACUGUAACUACUGUAAAGCCUCUUUAUAAAGUGUGUUUUUACCUAAACAUUUAGACAUUUGUUUGAUAUUUAAACGUAUUAUUGGGCGUGACUUAUCUUUUUCACACGUAAAUAAAUUACAUUUAUUAGACAUAAUUAAACAUUGCCUUGCGGCGCGAGGCAGGAUUGGUUUCUCCUCGCGCAGCUUUGUCAGCAAAGUAGCUUUAGCCGGCUGGCUAGACAUUUUCAUACAGGCUUUAAUUUAUUAAGUCUCAUCAGGGACGUUAUUAUUUUGUGAUAGUUCAAGUUGUCGAAAUGAAUUGGGUUGGGGGUUCAAGGAACCGGUUAGUCAUGAAAAAUGACUCGAAAAGGCAAAGGGAGUUUUUCGAAAAGCGACGGAUGCAGCAGAAACUGAAAAACGUGGGAUUAGCUCUUCCUGCAGCCUCGCCCAGAGCUAACUCUGGUAACAUGGACCUGUUGACUUUGUUUGUUGUCAACCAGAUAGCUGCCAAGAAAGAAAUUAGAGAGCCUCCUAAAGUAGGAGUUGUUGGUGGCUCUAAACGAGGAUCCAAACAUAGUAGUCAUGACUCUCUGGUGCUCCCAAUGAGUCCCUGUUCUCCCUCACAGCUGAGUCUUGCUGAGAGCCAGCCCCAGUACAGUUCUCAAGUAAUAAGACAGAGAAGGAAUGCUAUUCCACAAGGGUUCAAGUUUCGUCAGCUGUCACCAGUGCUGGAGUCAGCUUUCUCCGACAACAGUGCAUCGGACUACCUGCCACACACAGCUGAUCCCCUCAGCUCCUUGUCCUCUGCCUCAUCAGCCUCUUCCGGACAAGGAAUAUUUCCUCUGCAGAUUAGUCUUCAGCAGAGAAGCCUGAAUAAGGCACAGCCAGUGCCCCACUGCUGCUCUCCACCCUGGGACCCCUCAGGAUUAGAUCAGACAGAGUUUCAGCCUUUCUCUCUGUCCAGAGGUGUGACAUGCAAUAAGCCCUGGGCCGUUACCUCAAACCAACCCCUCUAUCAGCAGGAGACAGCAGCCCAAGUCCUGUUUGGAAAUCCAGAACCAGUUGAAACAGAGGUAAGAGAUCACUCCUCUCAAGAAGGCAGGUUGUCCCUUAAUGGACCAGUUGACAAGGACCCCAUGUUGGAAAUGUUGGAAAGGGAGCAGCAGUUCAAGGAAGACGUCUUUAGAGGUUUCUGCACUGAAGAAUACAAAAGAGAAGCUCUUUAUGCAGGAAGACCAAAAUCAAGGAUAUAUCUCAGGCGUGGAACACCAAAUAGAUCCUCAACACCACAAACCGUCCCAGACUCAGAGAGUGGAAUGAAGCUCUCCAGCAGCAUUUACACAAACCUAUCAGCAGGCUCUGGACAUAAGACCGGCCCAGGGAAUAGCUGUGAACAUCUGCCAAGUUGCUCCUGUAGAGAAGGUUACCUCAGUGCAAACUCGAAUGAUGAAGAAGAAUGCUGCCAGCUAUGUUUCAACACUCCCGCGUCUUCAUGCGUUAACCAGGCUGGAUGUGAAACCCCAAGAGUUAAGGAGGGCUCACAGAGUAAACCAAAAGAAAGACACGCCCAGCGCAGUCCAUUCACUCCUCUAAUAGCUAAAGGGAACUUCGAAGAAGAGCAGAAGGUUAUGGACAAUGAGGUUCACCUACAUACAGCCUGUGGGAGUAACAGGAGCAGCAUGGCUCAGUGUUUAUCUCCUCGACCUCUAACUGGAACCCAGAAAUGUGAGCUGUGCAAAUGCGAGACAGUGUUGAGGGCAACGCGAGAAGCAGGAACUCAGACCGCCCUCACAGCUGAGACGCUGGACGCUUCGACUCAAUGUGACAGAGUGGUCACCGAGGCUGAGUACAAGUUGUUAUUUCCACCUGUUGACUUGUCUGUGCCGUUCCCAGCCACAGGGAGGCAGACUCAUACUGCUGCAGAGGCCUACAAGCAACAAAACGUCUUCAGGAAGCUGGGGUGGAGGGAAGGGUAUGAACAGCAGCAACAAAUCCAAGGAUUACACCCUGUCAGGAAGCAGAAUCGCAAAGAAUUCAUCAACAAUGACAGCAGAGAAAUCCCACAUAGUUCCAUAAACCCUUCACUGACUUGAAACAAGGUGGAGGGAAAGGAGAGAGCAGAGGUGAGACAAAGAAACAGGAAAACAUCCCUCAGAUGAAAGAGAUAACCUGGAGGAGGUCACAUCUGCCACCAGAGUUCACAGAUUCACAGAAGCAGACAACAUUUCGCUGCUGCUCAAACAGAAGAAGGAAAAAUCUGAGAGGCGAAUGAAGGCAAGCAGACAAAAGAUGCCCAUUCUGUCCUUUUUUAUUCAAAUUGUUAUUAAACUGUUUGUUUUAGGCAACCAAACAAUACAUAUUCAUAGUGUUAAUUCUUAAUGUUAACACAGAGACACACAUGAAAUAAAUUCUGGCGUUUAUGUCUUUCCCAUAUACAUAUUCAAGUGUUGAGAGUUUGAGAUACUUAUUUUACAGAAUAUAAACUCUGGCAAAACAUUUACAGCUCCGGACAAUCAAAUAUACUAUACAGCACUGGUGGUAGUAGUGGUUUGCAGGUCAUUGUAUACUGUAGAAACACUGAGUUGGUUCACAUAGGAAAAAUUGCAACCAUUUCACCAAAGGACAGUGUUGUACAUAUUUGUGUGUUAUGGGCUGAACCCCCAGCAUCUUCUUCAUGACAUAAUCUGAGCUAUGGAGUGCAUUUUGUGUUUUGUUUAAUUAAAUACUUUAUGUACAAAACUACUGGGGAACCAGAAAACAGUAUUGUUACAGCAUGUUUAUCAUUACCUGACAGAUGUGCUCAUUUGUGAUUGGUUUCUUUGGGCAUGAGUCAGUGUGAUGCCCUGAAAAUAAAGGAUACUUUGAAGGCUCAUUA